AUGGUAGGGGCGGCAGAUUCCACCGCCUCUCGUUUCGCUAGUCUUGAUGAUCAGGCAAGACGGGCGCUUGCUAAUGCCUUUGUGACCUACUUCGGUAGGCAGAAAACACCAAUCUCCUACCUGGAUACCAUUAAAAAGAUUUUGAGGGAGCUAGGGUUGUCCAAUGAGUCCAUUGCGACAUUGAUUCCCGCUGGUAGUGCUACCAAAUAUACCAUCCUUGCCAAUCGAAUAAAAGCCGGAGAGAUUGAAGAAGUGACAAUGGAGCUGGAGCAGAUGCACAAGUCGAUAUCUCAAGAAACCAGUCCCCUUGGGCACAUUUCCCAACAAAAUAUGGAUCUCCUUGGCGAAGCUUUAGCUGUUUCUAAUACUUACGCUGGUGCAGAUGCCGUCGAAGGGGUGUGUUCGACACCCCGCUUUACGCCGAAACAGCUGGAAGACCUAUUUUGGGCUCUUAUUAAUGUCGCGGGCAUCAAAAGUCCUGCCUUUUCCGCCACAAAGAUUGGUGAACAGUAUCUUAAUGUUUCCGAUAUGGAUGGUAUCGUGCUUUUCUUGAACAAGAUGGCGGACUCUUAUCCACAACACCUUUCCAUCAUCCUGUCGCGUUGGUUUAUCAAUAAAUUUGUUCAGCUGGAUGCUGUUAGGGCUACGCGAGUCCUUGAAGAAAUUCUACGAAAGAACAACGUGACCCUCCCAACCAUGGCCCUUGGAGCCUACAACUAUGAAUUGGUUAAAGCAAGCACAAGUAAAGAGGAUGCAUCAACGCUUGGUCUGGGUGCUAAAUUGCUGUCCGAACGACUAGAACCCUUUAAUCAUUUACGGAAGGUGCGUAACGUCCACGCCGCGAUUGAGGACUUAUGCCAAAACCACCAAAUCUUCGCCGCUUAUGCGCUUCGUGACUGGGCCUGUCAGCUGGGUCUGACGUUAUUACCUCAAACCACCGAAGUGCUUCUUGCAACCAAAGUCUUUGGCGAUUCUCUUCCUCGCAUUCCUGCUGACCUCUUUUCUCCCGAUCGGUUAACUCUGCGCGGGAGUAUUUCCCUUAAUCCUCUGAUUCCUCGACUUCAGGAGAUUAUCGCAUCACUUAAUUCUACGGUAGAAGAGGCAACUGCGGCUUCGGUGGCAACAGCAGUCGAUGCCGCUGCGGUCGCUAUUGCAGACCAUCCAUUUGUUACAGAUACUAGCGUGGUGGCGCAGUCCCUGCGUCCAAGUGUUUUCAAAAAGACGCAGUUCGCCUUCUGGUCGGUGGUGCACCAGGUCAUCGACUCAUCUGGCAGUCUACUUUCCAGUCCCGAAAACUUGACUCUUCUGGCAGCCAAACUGAUAGCAGCGGGACACGAAACCUCUGUCUUGGCGUGGAUAUCUUGUCUUCUACGAAAAGAUGCGAUUGCUGCUCUCUGUUGUGGUGGUCUUGUGUCUCCCAAAUCCAAUGCGAACUUCGUUGAACUGCUCUACCGUCGUCCGGACUUGCAAUAUGCUGUUGCAACGAGUCCGGCUCUGGCAUCUUUGACACCGGAACAGAAGGACAUGGUCGUGAGGGCCUUCUCUCUCCUCAAACGGCCUCAUCUUCCCACUCUUGCGUUAGCUCUUUCUGACAAAACUUUUGAUCAGGCACAGUCCAUCAUUGAUAAACUUGGAGACGAAGCUAUUCCUACUCUGGCCAGCUUUGCCAAUUCUCAG